CCCUUUUCUGUGUCGCUAAAAAAGAAAUAUAAUAAAAUCCUUAGCCCGAGAAGGGUUCACAGAAACAUGCAUGUCUUUUGGGUCGUUACUAGUUUAAAUUUUGCAUGGGAAUAAGCACGUCAAGGCUGCAACCAGAUUCUGGUUGGAUAACAAAAAAAAGUGAGAGAAGAAGCUUGUGCUCCAAGCUCACCACCAUCUUUUUCUUUCCAUUCUCUCUCUAUAGUCUAUAUAACCUUUAAUAGUUUUCUAUAUACAAAAGCAAAGCAUCUCUUCUCGCUCCUCCACAUUGUUUUGCUUUCCCUUGCAAGUUUCAAUUCAACCUUUUCUUUACUCACACCACACCACACCACAGUUCUUAGCUGCCUCUUUUUCCUUUAUAGACCGAUUAACGUACAAUUAACAUUGUCGGUUGCAUCUUUCUGUGCAAAAUCCACCCAAAGUUAAUUGGAAUCUCCACCUUAUCCUACUAUUAAACCAUUAGUUAAUCUCGGUCAAGAGUUCAACCUUUUAGUUCUUCCUGGCCCAACACUUUUUCAACUGUUCCUAUUUUGAAAUGCAUCAUGACAAACCCAUGUCAUAUGUCUUUCAUAUUAGGCCCCACUUUUGAUCACAUUGAAUAGUUCUCGACUUCUCUCCUUUGCUUAGUUUAGUUUAGUUUCGUUCUUCAAUGCAUUGUUUUGUUGACAUUUCGUAAGGGGAAGAAGCAUAACAAUAUUAACAACAAAAUCUAUUUUACGGUGAGAAAAUCUGAAGUAAGGAAAUGAGGUUUGUGACAGGCUCUCCCAAAGGCACGUGGCAACCCAUCGUGACUUCGGAUACAACCAUGAAGAGUUACUGGCUGAAUUGGAGGGUUUUGGUUUGUGCCAUUUGGGUUCUGAUUUCAGCUAUCGUUUCAUUAUUGAUUAUAUUGAGGUUUGAAGUUUCACGGAAGGUAGCAAGGGAUGAUAACAAGGAAAGGCAGAGAGAAAAGUCGUGGACUUUGUAUGAGGAUGAAGUUUGGAGGCCUUGCUUGAAAGGAAUCCACCCUGUGUGGUUGCUGGGGUUUAGAGUUUUUGCAUUUGUUGUGCUUUUGGUGCUUCUCAUACUCACUGCUACUGCGGACGGAGGAAGCAUUUUCUACUUUUAUACUCAGUGGACUUUUGCUGCAAUCACCAUUUAUUUUGGGCUGGGAUCUUUGCUCUCCAUGCAUGGAUGUUAUCAACAUCAUAAAAAAACCAGCGGUGAUAAGGUUGGAAAUGUUGAUGGAGAUACAGAGCAAGGAAUUUAUGAUGCUCCUACACCCCCACAGAGUUCUAAUCCCUCCAUUCAUGAAAAAGGCUUAGGAGCCCCACAAGAACAUCUUGUUCGCCAACCUGCAGGCACCUGGGGCUAUAUCUUUCAAAUAAUAUUCCAGAUGAAUGCAGGUGCUGUAAUGCUCACAGAUUGUGUGUUUUGGUUCAUAAUUGUUCCGUUUCUAUCCGUCAAAGAUUACAACAUAAAUUUGCUAAUCAUAAGUAUGCACACCAUCAAUGCUGUUUUCCUGCUAGGCGACACGGCUUUAAAUUCCCUGAGGUUCCCUUGGUUUCGAAUAGGAUACUUUUGCAUGUGGACAAUCACAUACGUGAUUUUCCAGUGGAUUGUUCAUGCUUUUGUUAAACUCUGGUGGCCAUAUCCAUUUCUUGAUUUGUCGUCCCGAUAUGCUCCACUAUGUUACUUUUCCAUGGCAUUGCUGCAUAUUCCGUGCUAUGGCAUAUUCGCUUUGAUAAUGAAGCUGAAACACAGCGUGUUGUUGACGCGGUACCCUGACUCGUACCUAUGUGUCAGAUGACUCUGGCUUCGGACUAAAUGAAACUUCAAUCGUAGAAAAAGGGAAGAGAAGUAGUGGUGAGAAAAUAGUAAAAAAAAAAAGAAGAAGGAAUAUAUUGAGAUUUGAGAAGGUUGGUUCAUAUAUUGAGGUGAGCAAAUAUACAGAAAAGUGUAUAAGUUUUUUCGUUUUGUUUUUUGUUUUUUUGGAAUAUUAGUGGUUGAACAAGCAAAGAAAAUUUUGGCCGUUACUUUCUAUCAGCAUUUCUUAAAAGAUGGCAUGUAUGUAAUAGACCAUGAAUUCUAAGGACUAUAUAAUUCUGAGUGCAUUGAUUUACUCAUUA